AUGGAAUCUACCGCCUUCCCAGGAUCAUUUGCUCUUCACAAAGUGGUAGAACUUGCAGAUGUGCUCCUCUUCUGUUCUCCACGGCCAGGCUUUUCGCGCUCAUUUUGUGCGCCAAUCGUCAGAUCAGAAGCCAACAGGGCUGCGUCGCCAAGGACGGUCAGAAAGCAUAGCAAAGAGGAGCUUAUUGCGUUCUUCAGCGGCAUUCAGACCUCCAUUGCCGACAGCACGCCUAAAGCUUCCAGGAGGACGAGGAAGCGAUCGCCUGACCCGUUUGAAGAGGUUGAAAAGAGGAAGCAGUCAUAUGGCGAUGGCGGCACUGAUGAUGUUUCAGAGGAACACGGAAAGGUAGUAAAUCUUGAUGAUAUGAAGGUGGCUGAGCUGAGAGAACUGGCGAGGGCGAGAAGGAUGAGGGGUUACUCGAAGCUAAAGAAGGGUGAGCUGAUUGAUCGUUUGAAAGGGCUUAUGUAA